CGGGAAACAAAUGGGUCAAGAAGAUCCUAUACCCACUUAGUCCACUCGGACACAUAAAAUAUCUGAAAAGAUUUAUUUUCUUCUUCGCGAUCGAAAAAAGAAAAAAGACCAUCUAGUUAAAUUAAUGUUGCUUAUAUUGUUAAAGGAUAAACCUUAAAUCCAAAUUCAAAUUUUGUUGAGUGUGGGAUCGGAUCUAAUUCGGGCCCCAAUCUUGUAUGUCUGCGUGGUAUUAGUGGCCUUUCAGACCUGUGUAUUAUUCAAUUGCCAAUACCCCAUGCACUAUAUAUAUCUUGAGUGGAGUGCGAAGCUCUUAACUUGUCUGUUUAUAUUUCUUUCUCUUGUUUCACCUUUAGCCCAUUAAUGAUUCUUCUUUCCCGCCAAAACAGCAAAGAAAGAAAUCUCUUUUCUUUUUUUCCACCCAUCAACUUGUUUCUCAAAUCAUUGUAUUUCCAACUUUUUCCACACUUUACUGUUAUACAAAAUAAUAAUUGGUUACUAUUCAACUUAAAACCCCGUAUAAAUUUAUUCACUUGUUGUUAUAAUAUCACUCUCUUUUUGCUCCUACUACCAAUUUUUUGUUACUCUCUUCGCUCUACUUGGAUGAUGAUGGUGUUUUCUUGAUACCUUCUCUGUGCUCUGUUUUUUUUUUAAUUUUGAGAAAAAAACUAGCGAUAACGAGAAAUUCAAUGAUUUCUUCCAUGGAUACACCUCCGAUCAUCAAAUUCACUCAACACGUAGUUACUACAAACAAGCAUGUUUACGAGAACGAUGAAAAAUCCAACCCCCAUACCAAGGUUAUUCAGAAAGUUGUAAGAAUUAUACUUACAGACCCCGACGCAACGGAUUCAUCCGAUGACGAAGGCCGGAAUACUGUACGGAGAGUCAAGAGACAUGUGACGGAGAUCAACCUCAUGCCAUCACCCAAACCGAUAACUGAAAAAAAACGAAGGUCAGCUUCGCCGGAAACUGACGUCACUCGCCGUAAAAAGUUCAGAGGUGUUCGACAACGGCCGUGGGGUCGUUGGGCUGCAGAGAUUCGUGACCCGACCCGGGGAAAACGGGUAUGGUUAGGGACUUAUGAUACUCCAGAAGAAGCAGCUAAAGUUUACGAUAAAGCUGCCGUUAAACUCAAAGGUUCCGACGCCGUUACUAACUUUCCGAGAGUAUUGACGACGGAGUUAACGGUGACGGAGACGGAAACGGAGUCUGUUGCCGACGGCGGAGAGAAAAGCGACGACGCUGUUACGUUGUCACCUACGUCAGUUCUCGUUAACGGUGAUUUAACGCCGUUUGAUAACUUUGGGUUCUGUGAAGUUGACGAUUUUGGGUUCGACGUUGACUCAUUCUUUCGGUUGCCGGAGUUUGGGAUGCCGGAGAAAUACUACGGGGAUGAAUUCGGCGAAUUUGAUUUUGACGAUUUUGCCCUUGAGGCUAGGUAGUAGAUGUAGUGUGUUGUACGGGGGCUAUUUUUGUCUGUUCACGCAAAUGGGGGUGAUUGGUUAGUUGACUGGUGACGUGGCAUUUUUGGCGGGAAUCAUAUAUAGUAAUUAGUAGUCUAUUCAUACGGUGGACUUUGUGAGAGAUUUUUGUUUUUGUGUUAAUUGUGGGUUAAAUUGUAAUAUGAAAAAAAUUGUAUUCUAGAAGUAGAAUUAGAAUUAAUUAAGGAUGAAGAUAAGGAGAGAAAAGGGGGAUGUGCGUAUUUUUUGUCUAUUGAAAAUAGCUUUUUAUAUCAUUAAAAUCGGAUAAAAAUUAUUAAUAUUUUUAUCUUAUCAUUUUUGAGAUUGUACUGAGUUUGUUGUUAUUAUUAUAUUAAAGAAAGAGAGAAUUAUUAUUGAUGUUCUCUUAGAAGAUUGAGCU